CUUGUUGCUUUUUUUUUUUUUCAGGUGGAAUUAGUAGAGCUAAUCAGCCCUAAGGUCUUGUUUUGUUUUGCAAAGGAUAAGCUUUUAUUCCUAACAGUGGAACAUGAUGGAUUGUUUUUCUUUUUCAUUUCAGUGAAGAACUUGGACACUGGCAGAAGUGCCCCGGGAGCAAAGAUGUUUUUUGGCCCUGAAAUAGUCAAUGUGGAAUUGCUGGAUGAACCAGGUUCAGAGAAGGGAACAGCAACACUCUCCGAGUGUACUUCAGCUCUUGAAGGGAACACAGAAGCAGAUACAGGCAGAUCGGCAUAUUGUGGCCCAUGGAGUUCUUGCAUUUCCUUAGAGAACCAGCUGAGAGCCUGGAAUAGCUUAAAAAACUGUCUUUCAGGGAAGGAGGAAGAGGAGAAUGUGGAGUACACAGUUGUCGAUUGUUUCCAGCAGAAAUUUGGCUCAGCAUUGCUGCACCUAAAGCAGCAGUGUGUUAUCAGUGUAGCAGCUGAAGGUGUUAAUUUGUGUCGUCAUGGAAAACUUUCUUGGCUUCAGAUAGCAACAAAAAGCCGUAUUUUCCUAUUUGAUAUUUUCCUUCUGGGACCUCAGGCUUUCAAAAAUGGAUUACAAAUGGUACUGGAGGAUAGAAGCAUCUUGAAGGUCAUGCACGACUGCCGUUGGAUUUCAGACUGUCUCUCUCACCAGUAUGGAGUCCUUCUCUCCAAUGUCUUUGAUACACAGGUUGCUGAUGUUCUGCAGUUCUCAAUGGCAACAGGCGGCUUUCUUCCACACCGCAUCUGCACCUUACAGGAGUGUUUGAUGGGGCACUUGAAGAUAUCUUCCAGAUCAGUUACCCUCAUGAAGUGCAGGCAGCAGAUGGCUUGGGAGAAUCCUGAUAUAUGGUUCUUGAGACCCUUUCCACCCUCUCUGCUUAAAGCACUUGCUCUGAAGGCCAUGUACCUUCUGCCACUCCGCUCAUUUCUAAUGGAUAAGUUGAUGUCUGACCUAACAGCCCUGGUGGAUGAUUACAUAAAUGCUUUUCGGGACAGUUCAGGAGAUCGCCUUGGGAGCACAAAGCCCACUUGCAUGGAGCUGCCAGAGGAGCUGCAUCAGCUGGCAGACUUCCAGAAGUUACGAAGGAAGAAAGCAAUGGAAGACUACAAGAUGGAUGAGAAUGGUCUUUUGAUCAGACCUGCUGUGGAAUUAAAAGAGAAAAAAGAUGCACAGAAGGAAGGAAACCACAGAGAUGACAGGGACUGUCUUCCCACAAAUAAAGUGCCAUCUCAAAUUACAUCCUUCUACAAUCAGGAUCCACUUUGUCAAGAAAAGCAUGAAAACCAAACCCUAGUAAAUCUGUGGGAGAACCUAGAGCCAGCCUCAACCUGGCUGUAAAAGUCUUUUAUGCAGGUGACAUGAGGAGCUCAGAUUGUGCCUCUGAGGACAUCCAAAUGAAUGAAAAGGAACUAUGGCCCAUGCAGAAGCUCAAACCAAAGCUCCUGUUUUUACAAGGACAG